AUGGGCGUUGGUGACAGCAGCCUUGCCCAGUCCGUGCACUGGGAAGCCAUCUUGGUAGUUCUUCCGUGCUUCUCCGGCUAUGCGGCACUUUUCGGCCUGCAGCACGAAGUCAAGGCACGCUUCCGCAUCGCAGAUGACAGCUCGGAUGCUUCCCACAGCUUUGGUGCAGCCGUAUCCUGCCUUUACCUUUUUGGCCUCAUCUUCCGGAUCGGCCACAAGGUAGUAUUCUCCAGCCUACACCCGCGAGUUCGGGUGCUGGUUGCUCUGAGCUUCAUGAUGCUGUCCAUGUUGGUGAUGGCGGUUGUGAUCCUCACCCUUGAAUGCUACAGCCUCCGCUGGGUCGUUUUUGCCUACGCGCUGGGUGGUGCAGCCAUUGGAUCCUUUGAGUCCAACUUGCUCACCUGCCUCACUCCCUUGGGCAACCGCACCAAGAGCAUCGCCAUCCUCGGGAUACCGCUUGGCAUCAACAGCAUACUCAUCGGCGGAUUUUACCUCAUGGGGCCACCUCUCCAGGUGUCAGUAACGGUAGUGUUCGCCGUUGUGGCAGCCUUGAACCUGAUGGGAAUGCUAGUCUUCGCUCUACGAAUCCCACGCGUUCAGCAUGAGUCAGGCAAUCUGCAAGGCCAGUGUGGUGCAAGCGAGAUUGUGGCAGACUGCAAGGGUUGCAGGAAGUGGCUGCCACGUGUCUGGCACUACCCACUGGCCUUUGCUGUUGACACCUUUACGCUUGCUGGCUUCUCUCCUGGCCUGUCUUUGUACAUUUAUGACCAGGAAGUGGUGCAGUUGACCGGGAGCUUUGCCAUGGCAACCAAGACGUUUUUUGCCUUCUACAACACAGCCAACAUGUUGGGAGGGCUUUCUGGACGAUGGCUCAGCUACCGAAUUCUUCCGCGACAUCCAGCAAUCUAUGUAGGCUUCAGCACUUUGGGCGUCUUGCUGCUUCUGUCGCUGCAGCCCGUGUUGGCUCCGUUGGGAGCUUUCCUGGUGAUGCUCGGGGAUGGCUUGAUCUAUGGAACGAUCAGUCGCCACGUGGAUUCUGCGGUGCCCCAGGAGUUCAAUCUCAUCGCAAUCUCAUACUGGCUUUUCAUAGGGGACAUUGGAAGUCUUGUAGGGUCCAACUUGAUUUGCUAUCUUCACGACUGGCUUGUGCCAACUUGA